CCAGGAUCUUGCGAGGGAUUUCAUCAUUCGUCCAGGUCACACCCAACAAACAUACACUUUUCACACCGUAUCCAGAUCACCUACCUACAUAACGAUGACUAGAUGGCCUUCUCCAAUUUUGAUUCUCUCACACGCCCAAAACAAUCUUACCCUUAUUAUACCCCAAAACUAAUUUGAUUUAGCAGAGAAACGGCAAGGCGCUCCUUCACAUGUCACGUAUUCGAACCUCCGUCAUGCGGUAAAGGAAGCCUGCUGUUAUCUAUCCCUCCACAACCCCUUCAAGGGUUCUUCAAGGGUUCCCUCUUUCCUCCAUCACAGCAUCAAUGGCACCAUCCCUCACUCCAACCGCUUCAGCCGCUAUAAAAUAUGAGGAAAGCCCCGUCUCUGAGCCUCCAGCCACAAGUUUCCCGUAUCCCACCUCCGACUCAUUCCGUGAUAGUAAGAAGUCUCGUGGAUCAAAUAUCACCCUACACAAUGGUGACAACAAACGAGAUCAAGAGGAGGGAAAGGUGCAAGGCGCCAACAGACCGUCCUUGCCUCCCAAGUUUGAGACAGAAAUCCCACAGCCUGUUGCGCCAACAACAGUGGACUCUUUAAAACUCCACCGUUCCAUGACGAACAACCCUUCUGGCAAUGCCAGAGAUUAUUUCAGGUUCAGAAUGUCCUCUGACUCCUCUGAACAGGAAGAAUCGCUCGAGUUACCCAACUUCUCAACCCUGCAGAAGUCGUCUACCGUGCCAGACAGAACACCCUUAUCCAAGUCAGAGCUCAACCGUGUUCAGCGCCAUCCUAGACAUCGGGGCUUCACGCUCGGCAAUGAACAUUUCCAGUCGUCAGGCCGCGUUGCAAAGGAUGGAAGACUCAAUAUUUCAGUCAAAGAGACCGCAAAUACUGGUUAUCUAGCUAAAGCUUUAGGCACCACUCUCGAAAACCACCUCAGACCACACUUUAAACAAGCGCAACAGGCCGCUCAACAGGCCAAGAUUGACUUUGAUCAGACAAAAUCAAAGAUUCAAAUUCCCCGUCUCAACAUUGUCAUCAUGGUCAUCGGGAGUCGCGGUGAUAUCCAACCUUUCCUCAAGAUUGGUCGUAUUCUGAGAGACAAAUACCACCACCGUGUCAGGAUUGCCACUCAUCCCACUUUCAAGAAAUUCGUUCAAGAAGAAAUUGGCCUCGAGUUCUUUUCCAUUGGUGGUGACCCUUCGGAGUUGAUGGCUUUCAUGGUCAAGAAUCCAGGCUUGAUCCCUUCUCUCGAGACCGUCAAGGCGGGAGAGGUCGGCAAGCGUCGCGAAUCCAUGUAUCGCAUGUUCCAAGGCUUCUGGAGAGCCUGUAUCAAUGCAACCGAUGAUGAAACUGAUGCCGCCAAUCUCGAGAUGAUGGGUAACAAGUCUCCAUUUGUGGCCGACGCAAUCAUUGCCAAUCCGCCUUCCUUUGCACACUAUCAUUGUGCCGAACGACUCUCCAUUCCUCUCCACCUAGUAUUCACCUUUCCUUACUCUCCCACACAGGCAUUCCCCCACCCUCUUGCCAACAUCAAGGCCUCCAAUGUCGAUCAAAGUUACACCAACUUCAUGAGCUACCCGUUGGUCGAUCUGAUGACCUGGCAGGGACUGGGAGACCUCGUUAACAAGUUUCGCACUCAAACCCUCGGUUUGGACCCUGUCUCGACGCUGUGGGCUCCCGGCCAGCUCUCACGUCUCAAAGUCCCCACCACCUAUCUGUGGUCUCCAGGCCUAGUCCCCAAGCCUAGCGACUGGGUUCCCGAGAUCGACAUUGCCGGAUACGUCUUUCUCGAUCUGGCUUCUUCUUACGAACCUCAGGAAGACCUAUCCAGGUUCUUGGAGAGGUCAGAUGAUCGUCCCAUCGUCUACAUAGGGUUUGGAUCCAUUGCUGGGAUUGAUGAUCCAGUGGCAUUCACCAAGAUCAUUUUCGAGGGCGUGGCAAAGGCCAAUGUCCGCGCCGUCAUCAGUCGAGGUUGGGGAGGCAUGGGCGAUGGACUCGACAAACCAGAUGGCGUCUUCAUGGUCGACAAUAUCCCCCACGACUGGCUUUUCCCCAAGGUUGACGCCGUUGUUCAUCACGGUGGAGCUGGCACGACAGCUGCUGGACUCCGUUACGGCAAGCCCACGCUGAUUGUGCCUUUUUUCGGCGACCAGCCUUUCUGGGGUGCCAUGGUGGUCAAAGCUGGUGCCGGGGCGAGAGAAUCUCUUCCACUCAAGAAGCUAGACAGUGACAAGUUUGCCCGAGGUAUCCUUGAGUGUCUGGAGCCCUCAGCAAAAGCCAAUGCUGAAGCCAUCGCCAAAGAUAUCGAGGAGGAAGGUGACGGAGCCGAAAACGCCGUAGAUUCAUUCCACAGGGCGCUUGACCUGGAUGCAUUGCGCUGUAGCGUUUUCCCCGACAGGGUUGCAGUCUGGAAUGUUCGACACACCAACACCAAGUUGUCGGCGCUGGCGGCAGAUAUCCUUGUCUCAAACAGACAUCUUCGUUGGUCGGAUCUGCGGUUGAGGAAAUUUCGGCACUGGACAGACUUUCAGGGUCCUGGCGAACCAAUCACCGGCGCCGGAGGUGUCAUCGUAAACAGCUUUGUGGAAGCAUUUCAUGAAUUGUGCGAUAUGCAUGAGCAUACUAAGGAAGACAUCGCGAAAUACGAACGACGACGGCAUAAGCACAAACGAAAGUCAAUCGCUGACGCCGUCGUGAUACCAGGCCGCAUAGCUUAUGCCACGCGCGGCACGAGCAUUGAAGAGCAACACAAAGAACAAGCGAGAUUGAGGAGAAGUCUGAACCUCGAGGGCGAAGCUGAACCGCCAAAGCUCCCAUUCACCCAUUCGCCGAGAGAGGAUGUGCCUCUAGGCGUUGUCUCGGGGUUGUCAAGAACGGAGACCAGUUCUUCGAACGAUCGUCCUGUCUUUAUAGCCGUCCUCCGGGACGUUGGCCAAGGGAUGGGCCGUUCAGGAAAAGCCAUUGCACAGAUGCCGUUUCGGAUGUGGACAGCAGCCGCCCUUGGAUUUCACAAUGCGCCAAAAUUAUACGGGGACAAAACCGUGCGACCGACACCGCAGAGAAUCACAGGAUUUCGAAGCGGAGUCCAAGCAGCCGGAACUGAAUUCUACUUUGGAUUAUACGACGGCUUGACUGGCAUCGUUCGAUUGCCGUAUCUCGAGGUGCAGGAGGAAGGGGUGUCAGGACUUCCCAAAGGCAUCGCUCGAGGCUUCGGUGGAUUGGUGCUGAAACCCAUCUCUGGAAUUCUCGGUCUGGGUGCUUACACGAUCAAGGGUACAUACAAUAGCUUGCGUCGGCGGCUGCGAGACACGGAGAAAACGGACCGGUGGGUUCGAAGGGCGAGAAUCGCCCAAGGCCAACGAGACAUUCAAGACUUGAAAGACGAGGAGAAGGCGCGGUCAGCUAUGGACAAUCCUGUGCAUACACAAGAUGUUGAUUCUGUUCGCGAAGAUGCUCUGCGGAAAUGGACCACCUAUGAAAAGGACCUUGUCAGCGAAGGUCGAGAAAAGGAAGAGCGUAAAAGACUAUGGAACAAGGAGGCACGUCAACACACGACAACGACCAAGCCGGGGCGUGCGCGCACACGAUGAGAUUCUGUACACACGCGAGAAGCAAUCUCAAGGUGUGAAGCAGCAGACCGCAGCUUGCGAGGUGAUCAGAAGUGAUUUCACGAGACGGUGGCAUGAUUUGAAGAUGCGGUUUGACAUUCUCAAAAACAAAACCCAUCACUAAGGUUGCGACCCUGAAGGAUGGCGGCAUCUCCACAUUCGGGGCCAGCAACUCCGUAUGUCAUUCGCAUUAGUCGAAGGUGAAAGAGGCCAAUGGGAAGUGUGCGAUAAGAUGGUGGCCAGGGUGCAUAACCAAAGCGCCAAGUGGAGAUUUUCGAGCCCUACCCACAACGCCGACACGGGAAUAACAACUAAGUGACGCCACCAAGGAUGUGCACCUACCAGAGCAAGGGGAUUUCAACGAGAAAUUUCUGCGCCACCCGUCGUUUCUUCGUAGUGAGGGAAGCCGAUAUGCGAGACGUUUUAUUGGUGUUGAGAAUAAGGAACUGGUCUUUUUUGUUAGAUACCCCAUUGUACGAACUAUGUAACCAAAUAUUUUGUAAUGAGAUGUUGGAUGUAAUCAAAUGUAGAAGUGGUAAGAGCGAGACGAACAGAAGAAGGAACAAUUGUGUGACACGAAUAAGAAAAAGUCUGAGGAAAAAGAGCUGUGUCGCAGUUACUGGUUGCACAUAGCAGUAGUAAGUGGCGGAAGGAGUAAAGAAACAAAGUCAGAUUCAUUUUGAUCCUCCCGCUCCGUA